AUGUCCAUGCCUCAGUUUGACCCGGCCCGUCGGCCGUCCCAAGCCGAAAACCAAACGAUCCUCAAAUCGGAGAUCCCGUUGAAAGAACGGUUCUUCCGCUAUUUUCAACAUGAGAUCACUGGUAUGAGGAAUCUGACACCUGUUCUCCCUGUAGCGCUCCAGGAACAGAUGGAUCGGCUGGCAGAUACGUCGUUAGUGGGAGGAGAACGGACAGACGCAACCGACCAUUGUCUGGCUGGGAUUGCGCGCUUGUCCAACGAGGUCAAGGACGCGGCCAGCUAUAUCCCAACCUAUGAUCAGCGGGUAUAUGCAGAGGCCAUCAAAGCUUUGCAGGACAAGCUAGUCGAGACCCGUGCUGCCGUCGAGCCGCGCCCUAAGUUCAGCUUCAAGACCAAGAAGAACUCCUCCGCCAUUUCCCUGUCAGAUGCGGCACAUCUCGCCGCUCAAGGUAGACGCAGCAUUCCUGGGUUCGCCUCCUCUGGAACAUCCUCGGUCAGUUCGUCCGCGACACAGACCCCCAUGUAUCCAUCCACACCUCUGAAUGAACCCGACAACCGCCUCCACCUACAAAGACCGGAGAUUGCUCCUACUUCUAUUCCUGCCCUAUCUGUGGACGAUGAUGAAGACAAACCCAAGUCAGAACACGCGGGUGGCUUCGCUGCAACUGCGGUGUCCUCCGUGUCCGUGAACAACCACCACAAUCUACAUAUCAUGCUUCCAUCCUCAGGCUCGACCGCCACUGUACCCGCAUCCAUCACAUCUCUACGCCAUUGCGUAGUCGACAUGUCGAUACCUACUGCCAACGGAAAGCCGUACGCCAGUCUCACGAUCAAGAAUGUCAAGGAGAGUCUGCUCGUCUGCGGCCAGAUCAACGGUCCAGCCCACAUUACGGGAGUGGAAAACAGCAUCAUCGUGGUUGACUGUCGGCAGUUCCGGAUGCACAGCUGCUCUAAUGUGGACGUCUACCUCAGCGCGUCCAGCAAUCCGAUCAUCGAGGACUGCACGAAUAUCCGAUUCGGUCGGAAGCCCCGGGUCUACGCCCUGGACCACGACCGCCCAGAUGACGAGGACCACUGGAGCCAAAUCGAAGACUUCAAGUGGAUCAAGCCCGAGCCCAGUCCGAACUGGAGCCUGCUGGACGCCGAGGAUGCCGUCCCGGAGGAAGUAUGGGCGGAGAUUGUUCCGGGCGGGCCUGGCUGGUCUCUGGAUGAUAUUCUGCGCGCGAUCAAAAUUUCCAAGGCUUAA